AUGUCCGACCGCGACGGCCUUCGCAAGCAGUGGACCGCCCUAUAUGCUCACACUCUUCCACAGCUAGCGAAGAAUCGCAGCCCUGUACAGCCCAUAUGGCCAGUGACUCUUGAUCAUUGCUUUUCCCGCAUCAUUCUGGAUUAUGUUAUAGGUCACGGUGAAAGACAGUGGGAUCACAUCAUCGGCAAACCCGCCGUAAGGAAUAUGACUGAGCAACAACUGCAUGACGCGAUUGCCUUGGGCCAACAAAUCAAGUCUGGCGAAGUCGACCUUCUCUAUCUCGACGAGUUAAGUUUGCACUGUAGAAGAAAGCAUGAAAAGACAUUGGAGAGCAAGUGUCCGAUGUCGGUGGAGCCAGCACCCUCGGCAAGCGUAAGUAGGAAAAGGUCGAUGGAAGAGCACACCGACAGCACUCAAAAUCCCACCAUAAAACGAACACGGCUGGAGAAGAGACAAUCCACACUGCAUUUUAGCGCAGAUAUGCAGCCAUCGGGUGCAACUUUUCACCGAUCUUCCAAUUUAGAUCUUACGAGUGAGGCUGGUGAGGCCAACCAUGAGCUCAAGCGGACCCUUCAGCGCGUUCGUUCGCAUCCAUCCCUUACCCAAUAUCGAAAGAAACUCUACCUCACGCUCUUAUCAGUUCCACGAGGUCGCUAUACAACGUAUGCAGCCAUGUCCGACUACCUCAAUUCCUCUGCUCGGGCUGUGGGUGGUGGAAUGCGGAACAAUCCUUUUGCCCCAGAGGUACCCUGCCAUCGUGUUCUCGCAGCUAAUGGGACUAUUGGCGGAUUCUGCGGCGACUGGGGAAAGGAUGGAAAAUUUGCAAACAAGAAAAUUGCCCUGCUUCGAAGUGAGGGGGUAAGGUUUGAUGGUAAUGGAAAAGUCGUGGGCGAACCUUUCCGACAAUUUCACAGUUUCGAACAUAUCGAAUAA